AUGUUCUACGAUUAUAGAUACGUGUCAGCAUGCGAAGCUGCAUGGAGAUUGUUAAGCUUUGAGGUCCAGUACAGGCACCCGCCUGUGGAGAGGUUGAGCUUCCAUUUGCCGGAUUGUCAAUCAGUGGUAUUCCAGGACGAUGACAGAAUUGAGAAUGUGUUAAGUCGACCAACUGUAUACCAGAGUAUGUUUACCGCGUGGUUUGAUGCUAACAAGAAGUUUCAAUCGGCAAGGGAGUUAGCUUAUAUUGACAUGCCAACAAGAUUUGUAUGGAAGAAGGAUAUUAGAGAAUGGCAUCCGAGGAAGAGGGGUUUCUCUAUUGGAAGAAUAUUUUACGUACCGCCUGGCAGUGGAGAAAUUUAUUAUUUGAGAUGUCUCUUAAAUGUAGUUCGUGGUCCUACUAAUUUUGAUGACAUCAAGUCGUAUCAAGGUGUAGUAUAUCCAUCAUUUAUGGAUGCAUGCUAUGCAAGAGGGCUUUUAGAUGAUGACAGAGAAUACAUAGAUGCAAUCAAUGAAGCAAGUCUUUGGUCUACUGCAACAGCAAUGAGAAAACUUUUUGUAGUCUUAUUAACAUCCAACUUGGUUAACCGGCCCGAAAACGUAUGGUGUCAAGUAUGGCAUCACUUGGCAGAGGACGUACUAUUUAAUAGGCGGAGGUUAUUCUCCAAUGAUGAUCUGAGUUUGUCUGAUGAUGAGAAGAAGGAUUUAGCAUUAAUUGAGAUUGAGCGAUUGUUACAAAAGUACAACAAGUCCUUGAAAGAUUACCCUCAUAUGCCAAUUCCAAUUCUUGAAGAAUCUUGGAACCACAACAAUCGUUUGUUGUGUGAUGAGCUUGGAUAUGAUCGGGAUGCUCUACUUAUAGAGAGCGGCAGGUUAGAAAGUCAAUUAACUGAUGAGCAAUCUUUGGUGUACAACACGAUCCUAAAUGAUGUACAAGAACAGAAGGGCGGUUUUUUCUUUGUUUAUGGAUAUGGCGGCACCGGAAAGACAUUUGUUUGGAAAGCACUCUCUGCAAAAAUAAGGUCACAAGGAAAAGUGGUCCUUAAUGUUGCAUCUAGCGGUAUUGCUUCUUUGCUCUUGCCAGGCGGUCGGACAGCUCACUCGCGGUUUGCUAUACCUAUUGCCAUUACAGAAGACUCGACAUGCAACAUAUCUCAAGGUAGCCAUCUUGCCCAACUAUUGAUAACUGCAAAGCUUAUAAUAUGGGACGAAGCACCAAUGAUGCACAAACAUUGCUUCGAAUGUCUAGAUAGAACUUUGAGAGAUCUUAUGCGGGUCCAAGAUUGCAAUAGUGGUAGUAAGACAUUUGGUGGUAAAACGAUGGUAUUAGGAGGUGAUUUUAGACAAAUACUACCGGUUGUGCCGAAAGGAUCAAGGCAAGAUAUUGUUUCUGCAACAAUAAACUCUUCUUACUUGUGGGGAUCAUGUCAAGUCUUGAGGUUAACAAAGAAUCUUCGCCUAAAUACAGAUGAACAAGGUGCUAAUAUUGAGGAUAUUAAAGAUUUUGCCCAGUGGUUGGCCCAAAUCGGCGAUGGUAUCUUGGGAGGCCCUAAUGACGGCUAUGCCAAAGUUAAAAUUCCUCAAGAAAUGUUGUUGCCAUCGACAGGGGACAACAUAGCAACUAUUGUGGAUAAUAUUUUUCCAAUGUUCAAAGAAGGGUGUUGUCACCAAGAGUACAUGGAGAGUCGUGCGAUAUUAGCCCCCACGCUAGAUGUUGUGAAUGCAGUGAAUGAAUAUAUGACAGAUCUCCAUGUUGCUGAAAGCCGGACAUACCUAAGUUGCGACACGGUGUGUAAGGCGGAUUCAAAUAAUGGCAUCCUAUCGGAUAUGCACACUCCAGAAUUCCUUAAUGGAUUAAAAGCAUCUGGCAUUCCUAAUCAUGCUUUAACUCUUAAAGUGGGAUUUCCAGUCAUGUUGUUGAGAUAUAUAGAUCACGCAAUGGGACUUUGCAAUGGCACAAGGCUUAUUAUCACUAGAUUAUCAGAGCAUGUUAUCGAGGCAAAAAUUGUCGCUGGUCAUAACGCUGGACAAAUCGUCUUGAUACCAAGGAUGUCAAUGACGCCAACAAAUACAAGGCUUCCAUUCAAUUUUCAAAGAAGACAAUUUCCGUUAGUGUUGGCAUAUGCGAUGACCAUUAACAAAAGCCAGGGUCAAACAUUAAAGCAUGUUGGGUUACUCUUAAAGAAACCUGUUUUUGUUCAUAGCCAAUUAUAUGUUGCUGCUUCACGUGUUAGUAACCCUAAAGGGUUUAGAAUCUUAAUAUCAAAUGAUGAUGCAGAGAGUAACAAUUAUACUACAAAUGUUGUGUACCAUGAGGUUUUCAAUAAUUUGUAA